CAAAAUGAAUUGUGAAAGUGUAACGAUAACAGAACGAUGCCUUUUGUGAAAGAAGACAUGAAAUGGAGAAGACCCAGAAACAACAAACCGGUUUCAGAAACGGAUACCCGACCCAUUUUACAAUCCACUCGCUGCAAAUCCACAAUCUCCUCUCUUCUUCUCUCCACAUUCUCCAAUGAAACCACCAACAAAAAAACUAACUUUUCUGCUGCGGCGGCAACGUUCAGAGGUCUAGGGUGCAGCGCCGGUGCGUCUGAGCAGGUGUCGGUGCCGGCGGUGAUUCGAGCGUCAGCAGAUUGGGAAAUGAAGAAGAAGAAGAAGAAAACAAAGAAAAAGAAGCAGAAGAGGAAGAGUAAGAACGAUGGUGUUGAUUUUCAAGAUGUUUGGUGUGCUCCUGGAAUUGGGUUCUCACCAGAUGUUGCUGCUUCUGUUGAUUGUGUUGUUUCAAAGAGGAAUGUCAAUGUCUCUUCAACUUCAAGGCCUAAAAUUGAUCUUCAUAAGAUUACUCACACACAGCCUUCAUCUUCUUUCCGAAGGCGCACUGUCUAUCCAGAAACCUUCUCUUUUCCGGACACUGAUCCUGACAUUUUCACAGCAUGCUCUCUUGGAACUGCAGCGCACCCUCGCCAUAUCAGAGAUCCUUCUUCUGAUGAUUUUUCUGAGAUAAUGGUGCUUCAAGGAAGCAUACUAAUGGGAGGACGGCGUGACCUUUUCCGAGACUGGAGACUAGAUGUUGAUAACAUGUCAUAUGAGCAAUUGCUUGAGCUUGGCGAGAGAAUUGGUAAUGUCAAUACAGGACUUAAAGAAGAUGAGAUGGAACCUUACAUAACGAAGACUAAGCUUCAGAUUUCGGAUCAAGUAGACAAAAAGUGCAGCAUUUGUCAGGAAGAGUAUGAAGUGGAUGAUAAACUUGGGAGGCUUAACUGUGAUCACUUGUAUCACUUUCAAUGUAUACAACAAUGGGUUGCACACAAAAAUUUCUGCCCUGUGUGUAAGCACCAGGUUGCAGCACGACGCUGAGUGAGAAAAUUCUGAUGUUAAUUUUAGACACUUCAUUCUCAUCCUACAAUAGGUGUAUAAUUUUUUUUAUCAUAUUCCACUUGUGUAAGAAUUAUCAUUUUUUUUUAUCAUAUUCCACUUGUGUAAGAAUUACCAUUUUUUUGUGUCAAUCAUCAUUUCAUGUUCAAAACUUACGCCUCCUUGUUGAGGUGUGGACAAUGUUAUUGGGAGAAAGUUUCUUAUCGAUGGAUUAAUUUUAUGUUUCUUCUUUAA